AUGGAGAACCCAAGGGUAUGGUUUGAUAUCCAAAUAGGUAGUGAGGCCGCCGGCCGCGUAGUCAUGGAACUCUUUGCUGAUAUUGUCCCGCGCACGGUUGAGAACUUCCGUGCGCUUUGCACUGGUGAGAAGGGAAUUGGUAAAUCUGGCAAGCGGCUACACUACAAAGGUUGCGUCUUCCACCGUAUCAUUCCCGAGUUUAUGUGCCAGGGUGGGGACUUCACAGCGGGUGACGGGACCGGCGGCGAAUCUAUUUACGGGGAGCGCUUUGAGGACGAGCGCCCGGGCCUAGCUGUGAAGCAUGACAAGCCAGGGAUCCUAUCCAUGGCGAACGCGGGGCCUAACACGAACGGGUCACAAUUCUUCAUUUGCACGGUUCCGUGCCCCUGGCUGAACGGCAAGCACGUUGUCUUCGGUCGUGUGGUGGAGGGGAUGACCACCGUGAAGCGCAUGGAGGUAGUGGGCCAACGGAGCGGCAAGCCAAGUCGGCGCGUCACUAUUACCGAUUGCGGGCAGGUGCGAGUUUCGGGAAGGGUGUGUUAUGCUUGCCGCGAGGGCCCUAUUGGACACACUAAUCAACGGGCUGCGAUGUCUUCUGCGGUGGUUUUAUUUACUAUGCCUCUUGUUUUAUUGAGUCGCAGCAUACGUGGUGACUGUGAGUUUAUGCUUGUCACUGAUCUCCUGCCGCGCAGUUUCCGAGCAAGCUGCAAACGAUGCUGA